CUUGUACACCGAGGAUACCUAGAGGUAGCUUGGCAUGCUUUGAUCUCCAAAUCUGCUCAUCUCAUCCUCAUAAGCCAAAAGUCGAUCAACGCGAUGCUUCGAGUCCAAAUGGAGGUCUAGACCCAAGCAUACAUUCGGUAGCUAUACCAAACAUGCUUUGCUCACUCCUAAAUGGUUGGCCAAUGUCUAAAUCCUGUCGAUUCAGAUUGAAACAUUGCGGAACAUCUGUUCGCUGAAUUCGUCAAGGUAUAAAUACCUCAACCUCCAGUCUCAUCCAACACCUUCAGCCAACGAACUUGAGCAAACAAAACACAACGCCAACCAACUAGCCUGUGAAGCUUUAACAUAUAAUCACCUCUGCUGACGCAGGCAAGAUGUUUGCCCCCUUUAUCUCCACCAAGACCACCGAAACCGGUACUUCCACCUCCACCACCGGUCAAAGGCAAGUUAAUCAGCCCUCUUCUUCCUCUACGUCGACUUCAGAGAAUAGCAACGGGAACAACCAUUUGUACAUGUCUAAGGGCAAUAUUUGGAGUUCGGGCUCCGGGUCCGGGUCUGCAUCGGGAUCUGUGUCAAGCUCGGGGGAGAAGUGUGACGUCUUUAUCGCACGCCUUUCUUACACUCCAAUAACAACAUUAUCGAUAGCCGGAACGCUUUCAAAGAACAGUACGCUCGAACUGCCCGGCAAAAUGUCGUCCUCCAACUCAGACACAAGCAGUUACCUCUCUCCACCCAGCAGCACCUCCACGACAACUUCGUAUGAGAAGACGCCAUCGUCGUCGUCGUCCUCUCCACAGAACUCCACUACACUCGGCAACAACCCGAUAGCGCCGCAGCACUCAGUACCCACAGCGCCGUGA